AUGGUCACCUCGCAACCUCACCCAUUUGAGUCCUUCGCCAUCCUGACACCCAGACUCAUCAUAUUCCCCACGCCAGUCGCAGUCUCUUCAAAAUCCUAUCGUGCACUUUAUUCAAGUCUGCAUGCCGAUGCGACCUUCUGCCAAAUAGCCUUCGGUGAGCGCUUCAAGGCUAGGAAUUGGAGUGACGAUGAAACACGCGAAUUUAUUGAGACUCGCGAGAUCGCUCGCUGCUGGAACCCACGCGGCCUGGGUGAUUUUGCCGUGGGGUUACGCAAGUCAAUCAAUGGUCUAGAUGAGGUUAUUGCCGAUUCCAGCGUCUCCGUCCUCAAGGGGGCUCAAUUCGAUCUACUAGCUCGAUCGACUGCGGAAUACCUGGAUCAGAUUGAAUGGGUUGGAUAUGCCGGUGUGCGCGACGCUACAACCACGUCUAUCCGGUCACCAGAUGCAGAUUUCCCGCCGUGGAACGAGAUGGUCGAGUUACGAUACGGUCUUUCGCCGAAGUUUUGGGGUGGGGGGAUGGCGAAGGAGGCAGCGGAGGCGGUCAUGGACUGGGCUGUGAAGGAGCGGGGCGUGAAGAGAUUCAUUGCCGAGACGGAAAGGGAUAAUCGGCAAAGUGCAAUGGUUUUGCAGAAGCUGGGUUUUGUUGCAAGUGGGACUGAUUAUUGGAAAGAACCGAGUGAGGUGGAAUGGGAACUGGUUGUACGGUAG